CAUUUUUAUUUGUGAGUGUUCUGAGGAUGGAAUGGUCUGCUACAUCGGCCACAAGAGCUUAUCUUGAUACCAUUAAACUGUGCAAUGAUCACAAGAGAAGAUGCAAGUACUCAUGGAAAACUCCAGAGCCCGGAAGCAAUGAAUUCGUAUCGGCCUUAGCCGCAGGAAUGAAAGCCAAGCUCAUAGUGGAAGUGGCAUCAACCGCUUCACCGUCAACAAUUGCCUUGGCAGCCGCCGCUAGACAAACCGGAGGCAGGCUAGUUUGCAUCCUGCCAGAGCCCGUCCUCUCCGAAUCGAAGAAAGUGAUCAAAGAUUCGGGCUUAAGGGACUUGGUGGAAUUCAAAACUGGCGACCCUUCAAAGCUCUUGCCGCGCUACGAGAACAUUGAUUUCUCCCUCAUUGAUUGCAAGAAUGAGGACUACACAAGGCUGCUGAGUUUGAUAGAUGUCAAUCCUAGGAGAUCAGUGGUGGUGGCCAAUAACCUGGUGGGUGAGAGCACAGGGUUGGAAGGUCAUGUUAGGGGAAUGUUGGAGGAGAGGGUUGCCGUGAGGUCGGUGAAGCAUCCGAUAGGAAAAGGCAUGGAGGUGACCAUGAUUGGGACUAAUGAUUUGGACGUUGAAAAGAGAGAUUGGGGUGGUGGAGGAAGUAGUGCUAGUGCUUCUUGUCGGGUUCGGAAAAGUGGCGGUUCGAUGAAGAGGGCUGUUGAUAAGAGCAAAUGGGUUGUUCAGUUUGAUGAGGAAAGCGGUGAGGAACACAUCUUUAGAGUGCCUAAAUAGCUCUUAUGCAUCAUCAUGAGCAGAUGUUUUUUGGUGUUACCAAAUGAAAGAAUUGGUCAAGUGCAAUGAGGGAAACUAAAAGGAAAAAAAGGCCAAUUCUUUUCAUUUCAUAAGUUGAAUUAUCUCAUUGUUUGGUCACAAUGUUGAUUAAAUAAUAUAUACGAAAACAGGGCAGGCUUAGCAGCUUAUUGGUGUUAGAAGUGCAGCAAUUCUUCUGGAGAUGAUGGAUUCGCAUGCUUUAUAUUAGCAAGAUAGAAAGUUGAGGGGCCUUUGGGCGCAUCGCAUGCUUGUUAUAAGCUAUAAUUGUGAGCAUAUCAUGUUUCUUGCUUUUAUUCAUUUCAGCUAAAGUAUGGAAAAGUAAGUAAUUAGAAUGGCAUGUACUAUAUUAAAUUA